CAGUCUUCUGCUGUCAACGUCAUUUCAUUUCUUUCUAAAUUUCCCGCGACCUUCAUCUACACUUUGUUCCUAGCCAGGAAAACAGUUCUCCAAUUAAGGCACCUUCAAGAUCACCAACGAUGCUUGCAACACUCAAAGCGGAAGAACAAAGCCAACAGCUACAGCUUGUAGAGCGUGAAGAUAUUGAGGAUGAAGACGAUUUGUUUGAAGCGAUUGAUAAACUGACUUCUCAUGGAAUUAAUGCUGGAGACGUGAAGAAGCUUCAGGACGCAGGGAUAUACACCUGCAACGGUUUGAUGAUGCACACGAAGAAGCACCUGACCGGGAUAAAAGGCUUAUCCGAGGCGAAGGUUGAUAAGAUAUGCGAAGCUGCCGAUAAGCUAGUGAAUUUUGGUUAUAUCACUGGAAGCGAUGCUCUGCUCAAGAGAAAGUCCGUGGUUCGCAUUACCACUGGAAGCCAGGCUCUCGAUGAACUCUUAGGAGGUGGAAUUGAAACACUAGCAAUCACGGAAGCUUUUGGAGAAUUCAGGUCCGGGAAAACGCAACUCGCGCAUACUCUAUGCGUCUCUACGCAGCUUCCUACCAGCAUGCGGGGAGGGAAUGGAAAGGUUGCAUACAUUGACACUGAAGGCACUUUCCGACCUGAUCGAAUUGUGCCCAUAGCUGAAAGAUUUGGCAUGGACCCAGGAGCUGUCCUUGACAAUAUCAUAUAUGCUCGUGCCUACACCUACGAACACCAGCAUAACCUUCUGCUCGGUCUUGCUGCAAAAAUGUCUGAAGAGCCAUUUAAGCUUCUGAUUGUCGACUCUAUCAUCGCACUUUUUCGAGUGGAUUUCACCGGAAGAGGAGAACUUGCAGAGCGCCAGCAAAAAUUGGCACAGAUGCUGUCCCGAUUAACUAAAAUUGCAGAAGAGUUCAAUGUAGCAGUUUACAUGACCAACCAAGUCGUUGCAGACCCAGGUGGAGGAGUGUUUGUUUCAGAUCCCAAAAAACCAGCAGGAGGCCAUGUUCUUGCCCAUGCCGCUACAGUUAGAUUGAUGUUCAGGAAAGGCAAAGGUGAACAACGGAUCUGCAAGGUGUUCGAUGCCCCUAAUUUGCCAGAGUCUGAAGCUGUAUUUCAGAUAACACCAGGAGGCAUUGCCGACGCGAAGGACUGAGGUCUCGCAUGAUGAUGGAAAUUGGAAUACUGAAGGCUUCAAUUAUGACAUCGACAUCGACUGAUGGACCCGCAUACAAGAUUAAUCCUUCUCAUCCUUGGCCAGUUAUCAUUGUCGACUCCAUUCCACUACAACGAAAUAAUAGUGAUUGUGGCGUAUUCACCAUUAAGUAUUUUGAGUACAUAGCUGCUGGUUUUGAUUUAGAUACAUUAUGUCAAGAAAACAUGUCCUACUUUAGAAAACAAUUGGCAUUUCGAUUAUGGACCAACACUCCUAUGUAUUGAACUUUGUUGCGAGAUUUGUAGGAGUUGUAUAUCAUGUAUGUUGCAAAAUAUGUAUCGAUUCUUCUCUAUAAUGCACAAGUAUAGAUGUUAUAUAAAUUAGAAUAAACGUAGUUUAUGAAUGGUCAAUUGAUGACAUUCAAAUAUCAUAUUUGUUUGCAAAA